CCCUCCACUGCCCCACACGCGACUUCGCUGUCCCAGCAGCUCUGUGAUCUACCCAGUCUUGGCGACUUCUGGAUCCUUCGUCGUGGUCGCGUAUCGCUGUGCUCUCGUGCGCCAUCUGCACAUAGAGUUCAUUUUCGACCUCUUUCAUGGCCACCGCAACCUCUCUGCUCUCGGUUCCUCCAUCCGCAUCCUCGCUACUCGCCAGGAAGCGACUAAGCAAAAAUCACAGUCUCCCCGUGGCUCUUCGAUUACCGGGACACGGGGCAGCCGCUGGUAGGGUGAAUACGGUGCGGACGGUGCUGCUGGGCGUGGUGGUGGCCUCCUCGUGGGCGCGGCCCGGCAGCGCGCAGGCGAGCGGCGGAGGCGGCGAGGAGGCGCCGAUGGCGGUGGCGAAGAGCGAGGAGGAGUGGCGCGCCAUCCUGUCGCCCGAGCAGUUCCGCAUCCUGCGGAUGAAGGGCACCGAGUACCCCGGCACUGGCCAGUACAACAAGCACUACGAAGAGGGGGUGUAUGGCUGCGCUGGCUGCGGCACGCCUCUGUACAAGUCAACCACCAAAUUCAACUCGGGCUGCGGCUGGCCGGCUUUCUUCGACGGGCUGCCCGGGGCAAUUAAGAGAAACAUCGACGCGGACGGGCGGCGUGUGGAGAUUGUGUGUGCGGCGUGUGGGGGCACCUGGGCCACGUGUUCAAAGGGGAGGGGUUCCCCACGCCCACGGAUGAGAGGCACUGCGUGAACAGUGUGUCGCUCACGUUCACUCCAGCUGCAGAUGCAUGAAUGAGUUGAGCGAUCAGGGUACGCGAUGCUGGUGAAAGGGGGGUCAGUGGGUGGGUGGGUGGGUGGGUGCUGACUCGUGUGGAAUAGCGUGUGGUGCCGUGCCCUGAAGUGCAGAGUUCUGGUUACAAGUCGCAUAUGCUGCGGCACUAAGGGCUGAUGAUCAUUGUGCACGAUGUCCAUAGAAGGCUUCAUCCGGGUACCACUGCUGAGCUGAGCGCCCCUAUAUGAGUAGGCGAGCCCCUUUGUCUCUUUAGCCUUGCAGCACUCUCCAUACUAUAGAAGGAUGUGGUGCAGUGAAUCACAGCCAUGCAAGGAGCGGCCCGCAUCCCGGCGUUGGCAUUUCUCAUGUGAAGAAAGGAGGUUGCGGUAUGAGAUUUUGUACACCCUCGUGCCGUAUAUGUUGCUAUAGGCUAGGCAGGUGCGUACUCUUAAAACAUACAACCCCUUAGAACCAUCCUGAAUCUCACAUUCUAGCUACAAUUAUACUCGGAGAAGCGGCAGUCAGCUGCUGCAGCCGUAGUGAUGGCGGACUCUCUCCUCCGCCUGGACGCAGAGGGUCGGGCUGUUGAGUUUGAGGCAUGGCUCGUCGACCUCCGUCGCCAGCUGACCGGCCAGCGCCAGGACGGCCACUCCCUGGUCGUCCAUGUCGACAGUAAGCUCCCUCGCUCCGCCACGCCCGAUGCCCGCCGCCACUUUGCACUACCCUUUACCCAAUAGCCACACGUCUUCCUGACCGCCUAGCCACUGCCCGCGACCACUUUCUUAGUCAGCACCCAAGUGACCUCACCCUUACUGC